AUGCCUUACACUCCCCCCUCCCAGCGGUCGCCGGCAACCUCCAAGACUAGUAGCCCCAUCCUGAGUCGAAACCACUCCUACAUCGACCACCCACCCCACUCGCCGGUGACUGCCCAGCGCCCAUCUCUCCCCCGCUCUGUCUCGUCCACGUCGUACCUGGCCAGGUCACGGCGGUCGUCGUCGACAGCCACGAUCGAAAACACGGUUGCAAAUGGCCACUCGGCAAACAGCAGCAUAGACAUCAAGUCCAACGGUAGCCUCCGCCCGUCUCCACCUCCUGUGAACAACCUUCUGAUUCCGUCAGGUGCGAUCACAACGCCGCCUGAUUCCUCGGAUGACGAAGAACGCGGCCGCAAUGCAGGGGACCUCCGCGAGCUGCAAGAGGCUCUGCAAAGCAUCGACCAGAAGAGAAUGCCAUCACCCACCCGAGAGGUUAUUGAGAACGUCAACCAGCCCAAGCCACAGCCUCCCGUCACACUAGCCUGCUCCCUCUCUGCCGAGGCACGCAAGAUCUCGCACUCCCGUUCGUCAAGCGAGAUCAUGCUGUCCCAGCACAUGAUCCACCCCAUCCACACCGACACCAUCAUCAGCUCAUCUGACGGCAGCGAUGCCGAGGACGAGGGGCUGCGGAUAAAACCGCCGCUACUACGCAAGAAGUCUGGGGAGCUGGUCAAGCCCGCCCUCCGUCCUUCGUCCAGGCGUCGCCCGUCAAGCAUGCCCGGCACCCCCACCUACUCCAAAGCGGUCCACUUCAACGAGGAGAUUGAGCAAGUCCGUCAUUUCCUCCAGGUGGACCGGCCUAUUGCUGUUAGUGCGGGCUCAUCGCCUGUGGAGACGUACGAUAGUGAGAGCGAAUACCCCUUUGCUGAAAGCUCACGACCCAAAACCCCCGAGUGGGACAUCAAGCUGAUGAACUUCCCCACAUCGGAGACGUAUGAGCGGCAGACUGCCCCCGUGCGAGUGGAACGCAUCUUCCUGGCUUCUGACCACCGGACGCUGGUUGGCAACAUUGCCGUUGCCAACAUGUCCUUCCACAAGCUGGUCGUGGCCCGCUUCACGCUAGACUACUGGAAGACUACAUCAGAAGUCGUUGCUGAGUUCAACCACGACGUCCGUAAGAAGCAAAAGGACGACGGCUACGACCGCUUCAACUUCAACAUCAAGUUGGCUGACCAAGCCAACUUGGAGUCCAAGACGCUGCUACUAUGCGUGCGGUAUCAAGUCAACGGCCAGGAGUACUGGGACAACAACAAUGCCAUGAACUACCAGGUUGACUUCUCCAAGAAGGUCAAGCAGCGGGAGAACAAGCGCCCAACAGCUAGCCUGGGCGCCAUCCCCCGCAGCAGGCACUCACCUCUGGCUCCUCGCCCCCGCUCGAUGCCGGCUGCUUCCUUCGAUGAUGACUUUGGCCACGAGUUCGAGACCAAGUUCCAAUUUGGCAGCGGACGACCCACCUUUGGCGACUCACCUAGCUCAUCGAUCAAGCUGAAGCCCAAGAGCAAGCGCAGUGUCUACCAGAACCAAGCGCCGCCCUCGCAGGUCAGCCAGGCAUUUGCCUCUCGCUACGACUUCGGAGCUUCCCUUACGGCUGCCCUUUCAAAUGCACAGACUGCCCUUGGUGACCGCAGUGGACUCAAGAUCGACACGCACGGCAGGAUGAACAAGGGCUACUUUGAUCGUUCGGCGCCGGCCGUUCAGUCUCAGGCCACUGCUGCACCCAUUCCGGGCACCCGCCCUGACUCACUGACGCUGGAGAAGCCCGACCUUCAGUCUGCCGAGUACAACGAGUUGAUCCAGAAAUUCUGCUUUUUUGGCACACCCACUGGGAAAUCUUCUCCUAAUGCUACCACGCCCUCUGCCAAGGUGGCGCAAGGUGACGGGGCCCUAGAUGACGUGGCCAACACUUCUGGAAGCAAACAGUCCUCGCUUGCAAGCAGUCCUGCAUCUCCUGCCAUGCCUAUCAUGGUUGACGGUGCCAGCGACUCUGCAGCAUUCUUACCUCGUUCAGCCUCUCCGGGCCCUAUGACUGGCUAUACCCCCGAGGACCACUAUGCCUCUUCGUAUCAGUACGGCUACCCCAUGCCAGGUGGCGUCUUCAACGAGCGUAGCCAGACUCCCCAGGCCUGCGUGUGA